GUGACGGAGUCGUGUCAAGCAUAGACUCUAGCAAAACCGUCGUUAUACCAAACAAGAAGAAGAAGUUUAAUCGGAAAGGAGGACCUGGCUCUCGCCGCUCUAAUUCACGGCAAGAUCGUAGAAAUGCACGCAGAGCAAAGAGACGUAGACGCAGAUGGAGAAUGACGCGCAGUCAGAGUCAGCAAGUUCUCCUAGCCGGAGCAAUGCUGAAGUUCAACAUAGGAACCUAAACAUGAAUCAGAUUGCACAAACUUUGGAGGCAAUGAGGAAAUAUUUCCAAGAGGAGGUGCCAAGAAAUCCCAAACCGCCAGCCUGGACGGUUGACAGUUUGAAGAAAAAUGGGGCAAAAGAAUUUUUAGGGGCAGAGUCCGAUGAAGGUGAAAAGGCAGAGUUUUGGUUAUAUCGGAUCAUGCGUGUACAUACCGACAUGCUGGUUCCAGAAGAGCAUCGAGUACGUUUGACCUUAGCCUUACCACAAGAUGAUGCAUACUACUGGUGGAGCAGUGUACCUGGCAAGCCGGAUCCUAUAACUUGGGAAUUCUUCGAGGAGGAAUUCAAAACAAAGUAUAUACCGCCCUGGUAUAUUGAAGCCCGACGACAAGAAUUCAUAGACCUGCGACAGGGUUCAAUGACCCUUGAUGCUUAUAACCAUAUGCACACUAAGCUGAAACGUUACGGGCCGGAAUUGGUGGCAACACCAAAACAAGAAUGCACUAAGUUCUUGUUAGGAAUGAACCCUAAGUUAAUGGGUUUGAUGGGAACUGCAACCACAGAUGAUUUCAAAGUCUUGUGGGCCCAGGCCCAAAAUGCUCAACUUUUGCUGAAUAGGAUCGAAAAGGUCAAUGAAAAGGAGACAUCGACAACUAUACCAUCAGGAGGAGCGAGGUCGGCCCCAACAACAGUUUCACACCCAACAACAUUCCCCGCACCAUCUGGGUCCAAGAGGAAUUUCAGUGGUCCGAAUAGCUCUCACUUCCAAAAGAAGGCAAAAUCUACUCAGAGUGUAAACCGCUCCCAAGCAGCUAGCAGCGCACCAAGAUUUGAACCUGCCCCGACUUGUGCUACCUGUGGAAAGGCGCACCGAGGAGAGUGUUGGCUUGCUAAGGGUUUGUGCUUGGGUUGCGGAAAGGGAGGCCAUUUUAAAAAGGAUUGCCCUACAAACCCCGGUCGGGUACUCUUCUCAAAGGGAGGAGAAAAACAGCAGUCAGCUCCGAAUCGUCCAAAGCCCACGACAAGCGGGUCUGUCAAUCAGAAAGGUGGACAAGCACCAGCUAGGACUUAUGCUAUGAUGGCACGUGAGGACCAAGCAGGUACCGAUGUAAUUACCAUUUUAAUUUCAUUAUGUGGGAGUGAGGUCCGAGCAUUAAUUGAUCCUGGAUCUACACUCUCGUACCUUUGUGCCAAAAUACCUGAGAUACCUGAUCUUGCGAGGGAGAGGUUAGUUCACCCGGUGAUCGUGUCUAACCCGCUCGGUCAUAGUAUGACACUGAGCUAUGUUUAUCGUCGUUGCCCUUUAUUCUCUAUGGGAAGACAAUUUGAUGCAGACCUUAUCGAGCUUCCUCAUAGGGAAUUCGAGGUCAUAUUGGGGAUGGAUUGGCUAACUGCACACAAAGCAAUCGUAGAUUGUGGGUCAAGGACUCUACAACUCAAAGCUGAAGAUGAAGAAAGAAUCCUGAUAACGGGUGACUUGCCACCAAGGGCACCGCAGUUCAUAUCGUUGAUGCAAGCAAAGAGACUGAAGAAGAAGAUGAAGAAAUUGAAGAAUGGAGCUCUCUGGUUCGUUCCCCUCUUCUCCUCUGUUGCGAUUCCUUGUCCAAUUUAUAGCCGGGAGGAAAACUUUCCGUUGGAGAGUUUUGAGUGAAGAGAGAGAACAAGGAGCCGUUGUUGACUUGAUUUGGAGAGCAAUUCAUGGCCGAACGUUGAAGGAGAGGCGUUACUGCCGAUUUGAAUAGGUCGCUGCUCCUCUCCUGGUCUUGCGCUAGCUUCAAUCGCAGGAAGCAUUUUUUUUUCUUCUUGCGUGAGUUUGAAUUGGGGAAGGAGACUUGGGCUUAUCUUUGUUUAAUUGAGUUGUUGAUGAUGGGUUUGGGCUCCGGUCCAAACUUAAUCUUCUCUUUUCAAACUUGAGCUGCAAUUUGGCCUUUUACUGCAAUUUAUUCCAAAACAAAUAGGAUAUCUGGUAACUUGGUUUAGGAAAAAUAAAAAUAUUAAAAUAAUAACAUUUUAAAAAAUGAUUAAAAACAACUAUUUUUGAAUGGAAAUAAAAGGUUUAUAAUAAU